CCACAAUGCAGUGCGGCUGAGCAACUCCGAGCCCGCGGGGACGCUGCGGGGGUACCCCGGCUGAGGCGGCGGCGGCGGCGGCGGCGGCGACGUGGGCUGCGGCAGGCCCGCGGCGUCGGGCGGUGCGGAUGUCGGGCUGGGCGGACGAGCGCGGCGGCGAGGGCGACGGGCGCAUCUACGUGGGGAACCUUCCGACCGACGUGCGCGAGAAGGACUUGGAGGACCUGUUCUACAAGUACGGCCGCAUCCGCGAGAUCGAGCUCAAGAACCGGCACGGCCUCGUGCCCUUCGCCUUCGUGCGCUUCGAGGACCCCCGAGAUGCUGAGGAUGCAAUUUACGGAAGGAAUGGUUAUGAUUAUGGCCAGUGUCGACUUCGUGUGGAGUUUCCCAGGACUUACGGAGGUCGGGGUGGGUGGCCCCGCGGUGGGAGGAAUGGGCCUCCUACAAGAAGAUCUGAUUUCCGAGUUCUUGUUUCAGGACUGCCCCCAUCAGGCAGCUGGCAGGACCUGAAGGAUCACAUGCGAGAAGCUGGGGAUGUCUGUUACGCAGAUGUGCAGAAGGAUGGAAUGGGAAUGGUUGAGUAUCUCAGAAAAGAAGACAUGGAAUAUGCCCUUCGUAAACUGGAUGACACCAAAUUCCGCUCGCAUGAGGGUGAAACUUCCUACAUCCGGGUUUAUCCAGAGAGAAGCACCAGCUAUGGCUACUCACGGUCUCGGUCUGGGUCAAGAGGCCGUGACUCUCCAUACCAAAGCAGGGGUUCCCCACACUACUUCUCUCCUUUUAGGCCCUACUGAGACAGGUGACGGAAAUUUUUUCUUUAUUUUUUAGAUGAAACUGAGCUGCUUUGUGCUCAGAAUCUACAUUCCAGAUUGAUAAUUUAGUGUCUUAGGAAAUUUUUUUAAUUUUUUUUUUAAGGAACUAAAACUACAUAAUUUCUACCAGGGCCAUAUAAGCAGUGAAACAUUUUAAACUGCAGAAAUUGUGGUUUUUGUUCAGAAAUAAGUUGUAUAUUUUUCACCCCUGAUUAUGGGGAAAAAAUCAGUGCUGUGUCUUUGUGGGUUACUCUGCUCUGGAGAUGAGCAGUUACUGUGACUGAGUCGGCCCAUUCUGUUUAGAAAUAUAUUUUAAAUGUUUAGUAA